ACUAUCGCUCACUCACUAGCUUAUAGACUCUAGAAUUAGAAUAGAUCUCUAAAUCUAUAUACUUAAUCCCUGGAAAUAGUUAAUGAGAUUUUGUCCUAGCAAACUACAGUCAUGGUGCAAUGGUCAAGUUUUACUAACAGCCGGUAUUUAACACUAGCCGCCACUGCUGUGACUGCAAUAGCUGCGUCUGUGUACUUUACUAUGAAAAAGAAAAAGAAAGUCUAUGAGCUUGUUGGAGAAGUGUCUGGUCUCUAUUGCUACCCAAUCAAGUCCUGUGCAGGUAUUAAGGGGGAUGUUGCAUUUUGUUCAAGCACUGGUUUAGUGGUGUCAGGUGUCAAAGACAGGCACUUUUUAAUAGUUCGUCCAAAUGGUGACUUUAUUACACAACGUCAGAUUGCUAAAAUGGCCUCAAUCAAAACAUCAGUGGAUGGCCAGGAUUUGAUUCUAGAUGCAGAUGGGAUGGCUUCAUUAAAAGUUUCUUUAUCUCCAAAGCUGGAUGAAAGUAAAAUAAUCCACUGCAGAAUUUGGAAAAGUACUUUAGAUGCCCAGGACUGUGGAGAAGAAGCAUCCUCAUGGAUUAGUUCUGUGUUGGGGGAGGAGGGUCUGAAGCUUGUUGUAUUUAUUCCAGGGCUCAGCAAGAGGCAAAGCUCAACAAAAAAUGCAUUAGCCAAAGACAAGGUCGCAUUUCCUGAUGAAAGUCCUUACCAUUUAGCAACAGAAGAAUCACUAGCAGACCUUAACUCAAGAAUAGAGAAAUCAUCAAGUGGGGAGAUAACUGUGAAUAACUUCAGGCCCAAUAUUCUCAUUAAAGGAACCAAGGAAGCUUGGGAUGAGGAUAACUGGAGCUAUUUGAAAAUUGGAGAAUCUGAGAUGAGAGUACUUGCCCCUUGUGACAGGUGUAUACUAACUACUGUUGAUCCAAAUAAAAAUGAGAGAAGAGAAGAUGGGGAGCCACUCAAGACUUUGAGAAGUUUUAGAAUCUUCAGUGAAGUAAGUUCUACAGCGCCUCUGUUUGGGAUUUUUGCCGCUGUUGAUAUGGAGAACUCUAUUAAAGUUGGUGACCCAGUUUAUGCUGUGAGGAAUUAGUAUGUUUUCUUCAAAGUCAAUAUGUGCUGAUGAUUAAUUUUUUCUUAUGUAAUAAAUUAUUUUCCUUAAUUUUAUUAUAAUUUUUAAAACACCGGAAAUUUUAUGUGACAACCAAAUUUUGUGAAACAUUUCUUUCUAAUUUGAAUUUGUAUGCUUUUUGAUGUCUUACAUUUGUACUCUUAAAAAGCUAUUGUUGUCUUUAUAUUUAUUCAGUUGACUUCUGGCAAUCAUAUUCUAUUUAACUAUUUUCAUGGAAGAUAUAUUCAGGUUUUUAUUCUAGUCCUUAUUCUUCAAAUGAGUUAUUUGAUUUUUGCAACCAUUUCUCAGAUGUAAAGACGUCUAUUUUUUGUGAUGGUUCAAUUUAUUUUUAAUUUUUCUAAUCAUUUAUUAUAUAUUUGUAAUAAUCAUUUGAUACUUGUAGGUUUUUUUUAAAAAACCAAACAAGUCUAUUAAAAUUGAAGGUAAUCUAUAUCUUUUUUUGAGUAGCCAACUUACUUUAUAUAUGUUUGUUAAAUUGUGGUAAAGCCAUUUUGUUUUUCAUUUCUAUUCAAUCUAAAAAAAAAGUUCCAAAUUUUGCAUGUACUUAAGUUUAUUCAAAGCGAUUAAUUAAGAAUCUCAAAGAUGUGUAUAAUGCCUGUAGUUCUCAGCUUGCCAAAGGACUUCCCAUAAAUGUGAUCAGAGAAAAUAAUAAUUUACAUUUUGUUUUCUACCAUAAGUUGGUUGUAUUGUUUACUCUAUCCCGGUAAUUUUUUUUUUAAAUCUGUGAUUAUUCCAACUUAAGUGUGUUUAUCAAACAGUUAUUGAGGGAAAAAAUUCUGUCACUGAAUCUCUUCCAGUCAUCCUUUCUGCUGUUAUUUGUAAACAAGCAUUUGUUUUUGUACAAAAAAGGCUAGUUAUGGUUUCUACUUUUUUCAUUAUCCAACAGUAUUUGAUAAUUUUUUUUAUACAUAUUGUUACAUUUUUAAUUAACAUCUGCAUAAACACGUAUAUGUGCCUUAUUCUUUAGAGAAAUGCUCAUAUAUUACAGGAAAGUUUUGAAAUUACUGUUAUAAAAUAAAUAUUGUUGCAUAUUUUAUAGCAUUAGCAGGCAUUACAUCUGUUUAACUGAAGUGGGUUUUUUGUGUGUAUAUUUUACAUUUUGAAAAAUAAAAAUUAAUCA